AUGUUUGUUGUAGGAGUUAACGAGACCACCUACAAGCCAAACAUGGAUGUUGUAUCCAACUCAACCUGCACCACUAAUUGCUUGGCUCCUUUGGCCAAGGUGGUUCAUGAGGAGUUUGGUAUUGUUGAAGGUCUGAUGACAACUGUGCAUGCAACCACAGCUACACAAAAAACCGUUGAUGGGCCUUCAAUGAAGGACUGGCGUGGAGGUCGUGGUGCUGCACAAAAUAUCAUCCCCAGUUCAAUUGGUGCUGCCAAGGCUGUUGGGAAGGUGUUACCAGUACUAAAUGGAAAAUUGACGGGUAUGGCCCUUAGAGUCCCGACAGCUAAUGUUUCUGUUGUGGAUUUAACUUGUCGACUUGAGAAGAGUGUUUCUUAUGAAGACGUUAAAGCUGCAAUAAAGUAUGCUUCUGAGGGUCCCAUGCAAGGAAUCCUUGGGUACACUGAUGAAGACGUUGUCUCCAAUGAUUUUGUUGGCGAUUCCAAGUCAAGUAUCUUUGAUGUAAAGGCCAGCAUAGGGCUAAGUGCAUCAUUUGUGAAGCUGGUGUCCUGGUACGACAAUGAGUGGGGUUACAGCAAUCGGGUGUUGGAUCUGAUUGAGCAUAUGGCAUUGGUCGCAGCCUCCAACUGAGAGCAUAAUGUUUCGAGUUCUUUUUUCUUGAAAUGAUAGUGUAGAAUUGAACCAAUGGUUCGAUAUUU